AACACCAGCUACGAAUCUCUUCAUUUAUAUAAUUGUGCCAAAUGAGGGUUUCGAUUUCGCUGGAGAAACAAAGUGAUGGAUUGUUGCUGCUCCUCUUACGGGAUCGUCUCCUCUCUCUCUCCCACUACGCUUUUUCGCAACCCUAAGGGAUUUUGUUCUAUAACUUAUUCGAACAAUUUCAAUCACAAAGUGCCGUCCUCUCGUUCUAAGCGAGUUACCCAACUUAACUCAAGAUCGUAUAAAUCGGUGGUGUUUGCUGAGUCUAGCUGGCAAUCUUGGGAUUUUGGCAGAUUUGUUAAGACACUAUACUUCUUCAACGGGCCUCCGAACCCUCUCAAGUUUAUGGAGUCACUGCUGGCAAAACUAUCAAGUCCAAACUCAAGUCAACCGCUAGCAAAACCGGAGACUUCUGGUAUAAUCUUGGUUACCGGAGCCACAGGUGGAGUUGGGCGAAGAGUAGUCGACAUCUUACGCAAGAAAGGAUUACCUGUUCGCGUACUGGUUAGAAAUGAAGAAAAGGCAAAAAACAUGUUAGGGUUGGACAUAGACAUGAUUGUUGGGGAUAUUACGAAGGCAGAUACACUCAGUCCCGAGUACUUUAAAGGGGUUAAGAAGGUCAUAAAUUCAGUUUCUGUUAUUGUGGGUCCGAAGGAAGGUGAUACUCCUGACAGGGACAAGUAUAAGCAAGGAAUCAAGUUCUUUGAACCUGAGAUAAAAGGAGAUUCACCUGAAAAGGUGGAGUACAUUGGAAUGCAAAAUUUACUAAAUGCUGUAAAGAAUAGGAUCGGAUUACGUGAUGGAAAAUUGUUAUUCGGAUAUAAAGGUAAUUUAACAGGGAAGCUUAUUUGGGGAGCUUUGGAUGAUGUCGUAAUGGGAGGUGUUAGUGAAAGUACAUUCCAGGUUGAUCCAACUGGAAGUGAAACUGGUGGUCCAACUGGCUUAUUCAAAGGAGUCGUUUCUACUUCAAACAAUGGUGGGUUUACUAGCAUUAGGACAAAGAAUUUUACUGUACCGGAGGACCUUUCAGCAUAUGAUGGUAUUGAAUUAAGAGUUAAAGGCGAUGGUCGUCGUUACAAGCUUAUUUUACGUACUUCCGCUGAUUGGGAUACUGUAGGGUAUACUGCAAGCUUUGACACUGUUAAGGGCCAGUGGCAGACAAUACGAGUACCUUUUUCUUCGUUACGGCCUGUAUUUCGGGCUCAAACUAUGGCUGAUGCUCCUCCAUUUGAUCCAAGCAAAUUAUUUGCACUGCAGCUUAUGUUCAGCAAGUUUGAAUAUGAUGGAAAACUCAACCCAACGUUUGUUGAAGGCCCAUUUGAGCUCCCAUUUUCUAGCAUAAAAGCAUAUUUGAAGGAGCCUAUUACUCCCAGGUUUGUACAUGUAAGUUCAGCAGGAGUUACUAGACCUGAUAGACCCGGGCUUGAUUUAAGCAAACAACCUCCUGCGGUGCGCUUGAACAAAGAGCUCGGAUUUAUUCUAACUUAUAAACUAAAGGGUGAGGAUUUGAUACGGGAAAGUGGUGUUCCUUACACAAUUGUGCGACCGUGUGCAUUAACUGAAGAACCUGCAGGUGCUGAUCUCAUAUUUGACCAAGGAGACAAUAUUACGGGUAAGAUAUCAAGGGAAGAGGUUGCUCGGAUAUGUGUCGCCGCUUUGGAAAGCCCAUAUGCAUGUGGAAAGACUUUUGAGGUUAAAUCUACCGUUCCGUUUAGCGAGCCAUUUGUAGUGGAUCCUGCGAACCCUCCCCCCGAGAAGGAUUACGAUAUUUACUUCAAAACUCUCAAAGAAGGAAUCACCGGCGAAGAGGCGUUGGAGAAGAGCCCUGUUCCAGCUUGAGAAGAACAAAAAUUUUUGCUCCGUCGCAGGCUAUAAAAUAAUACUAUUUGGAUGGUUUCUAGCAUCUGUAUGAAGUAACCAUCCCAUAACUUUUUCAUUUAACAAUACUACCUUUUCUAUAUAUAUUUUUUUCCUACAGAAUCAUGAAGUAGAUUUGGCGUACUUUUCUCAAUCACCAAACAUGUAAACAUUACAAACCAAAAAAGAAAAAAAAAAUCGAUGACCUAUCACUAAAUAUCUUAUAGUUGGAGGAGCGUCUGUAUAGGAAAGGGUAUGUUUUGUAUUUAUGCAAUGUGAAUAUUUGGACUGAUAAUUAUAAAUGAUUGGCCUGUAACAUGAAUGUAUUUUAGCUA